GAGACUGAAUCGUCCGCUCGGGAGCCAGCCACUCGUGGGCGCGGCAGAGGUGGGCGCGGUGGCCGUGCUGGCCGAGGCCGAGGUGGCGGUCGAGGCGGUGCUUCUUCUACUUCAGGCGUCGCCAAGGCAAACUUCGCAAAGGCCGGCCGUGGAGGCACUCGCAGAGGCCGGGCUAAGAGCUUUGCCGACUCUCGCGUCCAGGCCGCCUACGAGCGCCAGAGAGAUCUCAAGGCCACCUACCAAGCCGUGGCUCAUGCCCUCAAGCCCGCUCUGCAGGAGCUCGCUGACCGGAGCAUCGAGGAGCUGCUGCAGAGGACAGACGGCCAUCGGUUUGCGCCCGAGCACUGGCCCGUUGUCGACGAGUUGAACCAAAGGCUGGCUAAGAAGCUGCAUCUCUUCGACCGCCAGCUCGAGGCCAAUCUGAGCCUCGCCGAGGGCACUUACAGUGCCGAACAAUAUGUUCUAAAACAGGAAUUCGAGAAUGGCCUUGAGGACCUUACAGAACGAUUCGACGACGGUCAAGCUAACCGUCUUCGUAUCCUUUCCACUCUGAUCUCAAAAGAUCUUCCAGUUGAUGUCCGUGAUGAUCAAUAUGAGUACAAAGUCAUCUCUGACAAAUCUCUCGACGAUGACUUCGGCAUCUAUGAGUGCUACAAAGAUGGCCACCUGGUCCCCUAUCCCUCACGUGUUGACGGCACGGAGAUGUGGCAAAGAGCCCGCGAUGCUGAGGCUGCUGCUGCCAUUACGGCUGCCGCCAACUCUUCCGGCUCCCGAGGAGGCAGAGGCCGUGGCCGAGGCAGUAACAAACGCCGCGCCCAGGACCAGCCAGAUGGCCAGCCGACACCAAAGAAGUCAACUCGCAGCAACUUUGAUAGCCAGCUGCUGCAGGCUGCCCCAAUUGCUCCUGCCAAGGGUCUUCUCGCAACCGAGAUUGAAUCCCACAUCGAGGGUGCUCCCGCAGAAGAGGAGUCAGCCCCUGCGUCUCCCGAGCCCGUCAAUAUGCCCAACGGCGGCGCUACCUCUACUGUUGUCAAGUUCAACGGCAAAUUACCGGCUCGCGAAAAGAGUCCAGCUCUACCCAAGAAUAUCGGAGAACCUGAUGAGCAUGGCUGCCGCACUUACAACCAGAGGCCGUCCAUGAAAGAGAAAGGGCUUGCUAGUCGCCUUCUCGCUCCACGUCUCUUCUUAUACGAUGAAUGGGACAUUGGCUUCCGUGAUAGCUCCAACGACUCUACAAAGGGCCACACCCGCGCCAAACGAGGUAAAUACCUCGACACGCCCAACAGCAACGGCAUGCACUUUGACUACUGGUGCAACGGUUAUGACUACUCCAACACCCGGGAAUCCGACUUUGACCUGGCCCUCGUCAAAAAACACGGCGUCCAUCCAAAGUAUGGCAUCUUCUUGCCUACCAGCACCAACGAACAGGGGCCCAAAGUUCCGUUUGUCAUGCCCGGAAAGCCGGUUGUAUAUAUUGCCGAGCCUUCUGGACGCAUCUCUCACGCUUCGCGCUCAUACCAGAGGACGGUUAACAACCGUCGUGUGGCUGAUGCGCCAGUGCGAGUGAAAAUGAGUGCAUCUAUGCGCCGAUUUUGCAAGAUCAAUGGCAUCCCCUUGGAUGAUGUUGCCAUCUCAGAGUAUAUGCCUACUGACGAAGAGCUUCGCGAUCGAUCCUUGGGCACAGCUGCACUGGAACUUGAAUCCAAGCCUGAUAUCGAAGAGGCUUCAUCUACGACUGAUGAACAGCUGGUUGUUUCAGAGGAGGAGACAGCCGAACCAACCCAAGGUGGUCUCGCCGCUCUUUCUGUCCUCACUUACGCGACUGCAUUUGUUGAGGCCGAAGAGAUUACACGAGCCGUUCUCCCUGCGCCCAAGCCCGUGCCCAAGCCUGCAAGAUAUGAUGCCAUUAGAGAUGUCUUCACGGAUUCCAAACCUGAGGAGGCGCCGGCCCCUGACACUAACAGCCUCAACCUCAAUUUCUUGGCUGAGCUGUGCAACGUCGAGACACGUCUGCAGGAGCCCGAGGGUUACGUGCCCAAGACGCCAGCUCCUCUGAUGCUCAUUGCCGAAUCCGGACCCGAUACAAGAGCCCAGCGCGAUGAUAUGGUGCCCAUUGCACCUUUGGGACAUGCUUCCAUCGGUGGACAGCACGGCCCUAUGGAGCAUAUGGGGGGAUACAUCCGAAAUCCCCAGCAUGGACAAGAGCUUCCGCCAUUACCACCCGUUGGCCAGCCUCACGCUCCUGUCCCCCCUCAGGGACCAGAGCCCAUCGUCUACCAGGCAGCACCUACUGAGCAGCCCAUGAUCCACGCACCACCGCCAAGAACCAAUGAGUAUCAACCGCAACAUCCUCAUCCGCCUCAAGGCCCUCCAGUCCAGGAACCGCAUCAGGGCUAUUACUCUUAUGGCGGCUAUAUGCAGGAACCAAGAGAUAUUCAUAUGGGUUCUGGCCGUCCCAUGGAACCGGCGUAUGGAGGCAGCCGAAUGUCAAACUAUGGACCUGAAGCUCCCGGCCCAGCUCCUACACAAGCGCCCCCUGGUCCUCCUCCAGGUCCCAGCGGAGGAUAUCCUCUUGUCUACUGGCAUCAGCAGGCUCCUCCCCCUCCGCCCCCCGUUGCUCAGGCCCCUCCGCCCCCACCACCAUCACAGCAUUAUGCGUCACAGCCUCCACCAAGGAUGCCCUUCUCUCACAACGCAAACGCUGAGCCUCUCCCGCCUCUUCGACCACCUCGAGGCCGCGCUCAGCCUGUUCAAGAUGAUAUGAUGCGCGAUCCAAUGAGAGGGCCAAGUGUGCACGGCAUGAGUAACUACUAUAACCCUGCUCCAUCUCGGGCUUACCACCAUGGCUAUGCUGCUGGCCCAGAGCCCCCUCUCGCUCCUAUGCAGCCGCUCGGAUCGGAAAGGAUUUUGCCCAAUCCUCAGCAGCCGCAGUCCUACAUGGGACCGUCUGGCCCUGGUUACGCAUCUCAGAUCUCAUCUCAGAUCCUAUCGCCGACUUUUGGCAACCCCCAGCCAAUGUCCGGCCCUAUGGCCCAGAGUCCCCCGGGAACACCGCAGGGCAUGCACAGUUCGAUGCACCGCCAUCGCUCUACCCCUUCGGGAUCUUCAGAUGCCGGAUCUGGCAAAUAUCGCAAACUACAGCCUGCUCCAGUGCCCGCUCACCGGGCGUGGUCGAACAAACCGGAGCUAAAGACUAUUCCCUAUGAUCAUAAAGAAACGGGCUCGUCUGCCGCUCUCCCAAGUUCUGGUCCCACGCAAAUUAGGGGAUGGAAUGUGAACCAGCCUCGGAAGCGAAGC